AUGGCACGAUUUACUUUUGGCAAAAACAAAAAAAGGCUUGAAGAAGCUAAUACAUCGUAUGCCGAUGAUACGAUGGAUAGCACCUCCCCUAGUGACCAAGCUCACGACUCACCGGUGAGUUCGCCAGUAGCUUCCCCAGUACUCACAAAGAAGCAGCCGAGACUGAGAAUUGCACCUGCAAUUACUAUAAACGGGACUACGCCAUGGAAGAGACACAAAUUGGUCAAUUCACCCUUCCCUAGAUACAGACAUUCUGCUGCUGCUGUUGCUAGUGAUAAGAAUGAAAUAUUCUUGAUGGGAGGUUUGAAAGAAGGCUCCGUGUUUGGAGAUACCUGGAAAAUUACCCCUCAGGGACUGACCUUGGACGAUGAAAUUACUGGAUAUGAAGCCAGUAACAUUGAAGUUGUCAACCUUAACAAUCCUCCGGCAAGGGUAGGACACUCUUCGGUAUUAUGUGGUAAUGCUUACAUUAUCUAUGGUGGGGACACAGUUGAUACUGAUUUCAAUGGAUUCCCCGAUAAUAACUUUUACUUAUUUAACAUCAAUAACAGCAAAUAUACCAUACCAAGCCAUGUUUUGAACAAGCCAAAUGGGAGAUAUGGACACACUAUUGGAGUUAUUUCCUUGCAUAAUACCUCUUCAAAGUUAUUCCUAUUUGGCGGGCAAUUGGAAAAUGAU